GAAAGAGUAAAAAACACGGUGAUACUGAUGUACGGACGAAAAGCUGGGCGGAAAAUGAACCAAUGAUCCCAUGAAGGCAAUCUAAAAAGAGGGAAAAAAAAAGAAAAAGAAAAGUAUCUAACUCUUUUUAGUACUGUUACUUUUCUCUCUCUGUUCUUCGUCACGCCCAUGUUCCUCUUCUCUAUGUCGUCGAUUCUAUGGCUACCUCGUCCUCUUUUUCUCCUUUGACUUUGUUUUUUUGUCAGUAAUCCAUGGCGGUUUCUCUCAAUUUCCUCUCCCUUUAUUUUCACAACUCAAAGCGCCCCUUUCCCGUCGUAGAAUCCUCUCUCUGCUGCUGAACCGGCUCUUCUUUGGCUACCUAAACAAAUGGCUUUGACUCUUUGAGUCUAUAAUAGUUUUCCUUUUAUUUUUUUAAUCAUUGUUUUUUUUUCUUUUUCUAUGGAUCAUAAAAAUGGCUUUUCGGAUUCAAAUGAAAUCAGCAACAACAGCAGCACGUGCUGCAUCGUGGCGGCAACCGACUCCGAAACGCUCGCUUCAUCAGAAUCCUUGAAUACUCCCGAUAUCGCAGCUCUUCAACUUCUUUCUAGAAACCUCGAAUCCCUUUUCAAAUCAACGGACUCUGAUUCCUUCUACUCCGACGCCAAAAUCGCGCUUUCUUCGGGCCUCGAAGUCCCCGUUCACCGGUGCAUUUUAUCGGCAAGGAGUUCGGUUUUCAAGACCGUGUUUUCUGGGCUACAAGAGAGAGGAGCUAAGUUCGAGCUUAAAGAGUUGGCCAGGGAUUAUGAGAUUGGCUACGAUUCGCUUGUUGCGAUUCUGGGUUACUUGUAUACCGGAAGAGUGACGCCAUUGCUGAAAGGCGUUUGCGUUUGCGUUGACGAUGAUUGCCCACACAUGGCAUGUAGACCGGUCGUCGAUUUCAUCGCUGAGGUUUUAUACGCAGCUUUUACUUUUCAGAUCUCUGAAUUAAUUGCUCUUUAUCAGAGGCAUCUACUAGACGUCAUCGACAAAGUUGCAAUAGAUGAUAUCUUGGUCAUUCUCUAUAUUGCAAAUAUCUGCGGUAAUGCCUGUGCGAGAUUGCUGGCAAAGUGUAUAGAAACUAUUGUAAAAUCUGAUGUUGAUAUUGUAACACUUGAAAAGGCAUUGCCUCAUCACAUUGUGAAACAAGUAAUUGAUUCACGUUUGGGACUUGGUUUGGACAAGCCUGAGAACAUAGGUUUUCCUGAUAAACAUGUGAAAAGGAUACAUCGGGCUUUGGAUUCGGAUGAUGUGGAGUUAGUGAGAAUGCUACUCAAAGAGGGUCAUAGUAAUUUAGAUGAGGCAUAUGCACUUCACUAUGCCGUUGCAUACUGUGAUGCAAAGACAACGACAGAGUUACUUGACCUUGGACUUGCUGAUGUUAACAGUAGAAAUUCAAGGGGAUACACUGUGUUGCAUGUUGCUGCAAUGAGGAAAGAGCCCAAGAUUAUAGUAUCUCUAUUAACAAAAGGCGCCCGGCCAUCUGAUCUCACCCUAGAUGGUGAGAAAGCUCUUCAGAUCUCAAAGCGGCUCACUAGGGCUUCAGAUUACUUUAAAUCUACCGAGGAAGGAAAGGAUUCUCCAAAGGAACGUUUGUGCAUAGAGAUACUGGAGCAAGCAGAAAGAAGAGAUCCAUUGCAUGGAGAAGCUUCUCUUUCUCUUGCCAUGGCUGGUGAUGAUCUACGGAUGAAAUUGUUGUAUCUUGAAAAUAGAGUUGGAUUGGCAAAACUUUUAUUCCCCAUGGAGGCAAAAGUUGUGAUGGAUAUUGCUCAAGUUGAUGGAACAUCGGAGUUCACAUUAGCCAGCAUCAAUUCUAACAAAUUAAAUGGUGCACAAAGAACAACUGUGGACUUGAAUGAUGCUCCUUUUAGAAUCCAGGAGGAGCAUCUAAAUCGGCUGAAAGCACUUUCUAGAACAGUGGAACUUGGGAAACGCUUUUUCCCUCGUUGCUCAGAAGUGCUGAACAAGAUAAUGGAUGCCGAUGACUUAUCAGAACUGGCAUGCGGAGGAAAUGACACUCCGGAGGAUCGACUUGUGAAAAGGCAGAGGUACAUGGAACUCCAAGAUCUACUAAGCAAGGCAUUCCAUGAGGAUAGAGAGGAGUUUGACAGAUCGGCCAUCUCAUCAUCUUCUUCUUCUACGAAGUCCACAAGGGUAAGCAAACCUAAUGGUAAGCUAACUGGUACUGGUGGGAGGGGCGGUUAGACCAAAGGCCUAGUGCAAUAUUUGUAGUUGUCAUAGUAAUUCCGUUUCUUCUUUACCUUAGGUUAUUUUUCUUUUUCCAUUUGUAACUAUAAUUUGAAUAUGUCAUUGAUAAUAGGAAGAAGGGGACAAGGAGACGGGGUUAUUAUUGUUAUUAUUUUUCUUCCACUAUCAUUUGAGUAUGGAUUUAUGUUUGUUAUAUUGUCAGUAAAUUACAUAAUACCAUCUUAUUAAUAAA